CACAUCGCAAAAAAAAGUGUUUACCCAUAAGCCUUUGGUGCCCGGUACGAGCGGUUACCUAGCGAUCUCAAGAUGGCGACUCCUAUGGAAGUUCAAGGAAAAGGAGAAGAAAAACAUCUUGUUGUGGCCAGUUCUGGCGCUGCUGGAAGUGUAUCUGUAGCUCUUCAUCCUUUAGUUAUAAUGAAUAUUUCUGAACAUUACACUAGAAUACGUGCACAAGAAGGGAAGCCAAAUCCACAAGUUGUUGGUGCUCUGUUAGGGACGCAGGAUGGCAGAAAUGUUGAGAUAUUUAAUUCCUUUGAACUUCAAUUUGAUGUGUUUGAUGAUGGCCAUAUCAUAAUAAACAUGGAAUACUACAGAACCAAAGAAGAACAAUUUCGUCAAGUUUUCAAGAACCUUGAUUUCCUUGGAUGGUAUUCGACGGGUAUUGCAGCACAAGAAAGCGAUAUUGGUAUUCAUAAGCAGGUUUGUGAAAUUAAUGAAAGUCCAUUGUUCCUGAAGCUGAACCCUCUGGCCAGCACAAGUGAUCUGCCAAUCACAAUGUAUGAGAGUGUUAUAGAUCUCAUUGAAGGAGAGACAAGGAUGCUCUUUGUCGAGGUUCCAUAUACUCUUGCCACAGAAGAAGCUGAAAGAAUUGGUGUUGAUCAUGUUGCGAGGUUAUCAGCAACAGGCACAGUUGAUGGAGCUACAGUAUCUGAACAUCUUCUAGCUCAAUAUAACGCCAUCAAGAUGCUUCUUUCUCGUGUUAAAAUGAUUCUUGAAUAUGUGAAUGCUGUGAAAAAAGGUGAAGUUCCCUGUAACCAUGAAAUCAUGAGAGAUGCUUUGAGUCUUUGUCAGAGAUUACCAGUGAUGAAGACAGAGAUGUUUAAAGAAGGCUUUUAUGACCAAUGCAACGAUGUAAUGCUGAUGUGUUACCUAGCAACCGUCACCAAAGGCUGUAAUAGCCUUAAUGAGUUCAUUAACAAGUUCACCGUGGUCCACGAUCGACAUGGGAUAGGAAGACGAAUGAGAGGAUUGCUUUUUUAGAAACAACAACAAAGUUGAGCUGUACAGAAAUCCCAUGAAGGGUUCCUGUUUGUUCCAUUGAAAAAAGUCCUUCCGUUCUUUCGUUGAAACUGAAUGUGUUUUUGUACACAAAUGAAUCAUAUCUGUUCGGCUUCAAAAAGAUCUUACAGGUAUUUUAAAAUCGUUUAAAAAAUUUGCCGAAACGUGACCGAGUUUUCUUACUUUAAGUCUCUUCUUGUAGAAAUUACAUUAAUAUGAAUUAUAUUAAUGUUGGUCUGAAUUGGAAGAUGAAUUUACAUUGUACAUUUGUGUUUUGUGGUGGAAACUUCGGAUAUUGUAAAUAAACAUAUAACAGAAGAAAUAUUAAAGUGAAAUGCAGGAAACAGAAUGA